AGCCCGAACGCAAAGUGUCCCCGGAGCCCAGCAGCUACCUGCUCCCUGGACGGUGGCUCUAGACUUUUGAGAAGCUCAAAACUUUUAGCGCCAGUCUUGAGCACAUGGGAGGGGAAAACCCCAAUCCCAUCAACCCCUGCGAGGCUCCUGGCACAAAGCUGGACAGUCGCCAUGACAAGUAAGGGCAAGUAAUCCGCCUGCCGGAGGAAGCAAAGGAAAUGGAGUUGGGGAGGAGGGUGCAGAGUCAGGAUUCUCGCCGACCUGGUGCCGUAGAUACUAACAUUUUGGGGUGGAAAAUUCUACAAGCCAGAGUUGUGAGGGCAGAAUUGGUGGAAACCAUUCUGGAGGAAUCCUGCACUGUGUCAAAUAUGAAGGGUGGAAGGAAGAAAGCUUUUGCGUUUGCUCUCAGCUGGAUCCUUUCUUCUCAUCAGUUAAAAUGUUAUUUUUUAGGAAGGCUUUCCGUAAUAUCUCACCUUAACGUUUUCCCCCAGAUACUUUAUUAUCACACCAUCUUAAUCUCCUUCACAACCCUUAUCACUCUGAAAAGAUUUAUUUGUUCAUUGCUUUCAGUACAUGGAAACGUAAGCCUUAUGAGGAUAUAGAAUUUUUCUACUAUCUUAUUCAUUGUUGUAUUCCUGAGUGCCUAUAUCAGUGCUGGGUAGCAAGUAAGAGCUCGAUAAUAAAUAUUUUUUGAAUGAAGGGAGACAGGUCUGAAGCCUGGAGAAUGAGAUGCAGAAGAGGUGCAAGACCUGCUGCGCCCUCUGCAGGCGGCGGCGGGGCGGUGCAGGUGCUUUAAGAAUUACCGCGGGACUCGGUAGGGGGAGCUUAGGCGCUUCUCGCCAAGAUAGAAGCGUUCAGACUACAACUCCCAGCAGCCACGAGGAGCCCUAGGGUUUGAUGGGAACGGGAAACCUUCUAACCUUUCACGUCCCGGCUCCGCGGGUUCCGUGGGUCGCCCGCGAAAUCUGAUCCGGGAUGCGGCGGCCCAAUCGGAAGGUGGACCGAAAUCCCGCGACAGCAAGAGGUCCGUAGCGACCCGCGGUGCUAAGGAACACAGUGCUUUCAAAAGAAUUGGCGUCCGCUGUUCGCCUCUCCUCCCGGGAGUCUUCUGCCUACUCCCAGAAGAGGAGGGAAGCACAGUAUGAAGACUUUGGAGACUCAACCGUUAGCUCCGGACUGCUGUCCUUCAGACCAGGACCCAGCUCCAGCCCAUCCUUCUCCCCACGCUUCCCCGAUGAAUAAAAAUGCGGACUCUGAACUGAUGCCACCGCCUCCCGAAAGGGAGGAUCCGCCCCGGUUGUCCCCAGAUCCUGUGGCUGGCUCAGCUGUGUCCCAGGAGCUAGGGGAGGGGGACCCAGUUUCUCUCUCCACUCCCCUGGAAACAGAGUUUGGUUCCCCUAGUGAGUUGAGUCCUCGAAUCGAGGAGCAAGAACUUUCUGAAAAUACAAGCCUUCCCGCAGAAGAAGCAAACGGGAGCCUUUCUGAAGAAGAAGCGAACGGGCCAGAGUUGGGGUCUGGAGAAGCCAUGGAAGAUACCUCUGGGGAACCCGCUGCAGAGGACGAGGGAGACACCGCUUGGAACUACAGCUUCUCCCAGCUGCCUCAAUUUCUCAGUGGUUCCUGGUCAGAGUUCAGCACCCAACCUGAGAACUUCUUGAAAGGCUGUAAGUGGGCUCCUGACGGUUCCUGCAUCUUGACCAAUAGUGCUGAUAACAUCUUGCGAAUUUAUAACCUGCCCCCAGAGCUGUACCAUGAGGGGGAGCAGGUGGAAUAUGCAGAAAUGGUCCCUGUCCUUCGAAUGGUGGAAGGUGAUACCAUCUAUGAUUACUGCUGGUAUUCUCUGAUGUCCUCAGCCCAGCCAGACACCUCCUACGUGGCCAGCAGCAGCCGGGAGAACCCGAUUCAUAUCUGGGACGCAUUCACUGGAGAGCUCCGGGCUUCCUUUCGCGCCUACAACCACCUGGAUGAGCUGACGGCAGCCCAUUCGCUCUGCUUCUCCCCGGAUGGCUCCCAGCUCUUCUGUGGCUUCAACCGGACUGUGCGUGUUUUUUCCACGGCCCGGCCUGGCCGAGACUGCGAGGUCCGAGCCACAUUUGCAAAAAAGCAGGGCCAGAGCGGCAUCAUCUCCUGCAUAGCCUUCAGCCCAGCCCAGCCCCUCUAUGCCUGUGGCUCCUACGGCCGCUCCCUGGGUCUGUAUGCCUGGGAUGAUGGCUCCCCUCUCGCCUUGCUGGGAGGGCACCAAGGGGGCAUCACCCACCUCUGCUUUCAUCCCGAUGGCAACCGCUUCUUCUCAGGAGCCCGCAAGGAUGCUGAGCUCCUGUGCUGGGAUCUCCGGCAGUCUGGUUACCCACUGUGGUCCCUGGGUCGAGAGGUGACCACCAAUCAGCGCAUCUACUUCGAUCUGGACCCGACCGGGCAGUUCCUAGUGAGUGGCAGCACGAGCGGGGCCGUCUCUGUGUGGGACACGGACGGGCCUGGCAAUGAUGGGAAGCCGGAGCCCGUGUUGAGUUUUCUGCCCCAGAAGGACUGCACCAAUGGCGUGAGCCUGCACCCUAGCCUGCCUCUCCUGGCCACUGCCUCCGGUCAGCGUGUGUUUCCUGAGCCCACAGAGAGUGGGGACGAAGGAGAGGAGCUGGGCCUUCCCUUGCUCUCCACGCGCCACGUCCACCUUGAAUGUCGGCUUCAGCUCUGGUGGUGUGGGGGGGGGCCAGACUCCAGCAUCCCUGAUGAUCACCAGGGCGAGAAAGGGCAGGGAGGAACGGAGGGAGGUGUGGGUGAGCUUAUAUAAAAAGGUUUUUAUGAUA